AUGGAUGAGGAACUGAAGAUUUUCAUCAAAGUAUGGGUUUAUGCGAUAAUCUCUGUAACCUACUGUUACUAUAUUUCAUCCAGAAUCAAAACUGGUGUUCUUCGAUUACUCUCUAUUAUUCCCGUAUGUGCUCUCCUCUACCUUCUCCCUCUCUUCUCUUCCUCAAGGAAACUCUAUAUGAUCCCAUUCACAGCGUUCUGCCUCCAUGCCAAUUUAAAGCUCUUCCUCUUCGCUUUUGAUCAAGGUCCUCUUUUCCCACUUCCGUCAAAUCUCCCCCGAUUCAUAUGCUUCACUUGCUUGCCUGUCGAGCUUCAACAAAACCCUAAAUCUCACCCAUCUCAAAACCAUUUCCCCAAAUGGGUUCUCGGCAUUAAGGUUGCAAUCUUUGGUGUUUUGUUAAAAGUAGAUUGUUACAAUCAACCUAAAAUUCUGCUGCUUGUUCUCCGUCCUUUGGAAAUGUACUUGAGAGUUGAGCUUCUCUUUACCCUUAUCAAAUUUCUGGUCUCGAUCACUCUUGGGUGUGACCUAGAGCCAGUAUUCAACGAGCCAUACUUAGCCACAUCUCUACAAGACUUCUGGGGUCGCCGCUGGAACCUAAUGGUCUCAUCGACUCUCAGGUCAGGAGUCUACACUCCUGUCCGACGAGUCUGUGGACGCCUAAUGAGCUCUGAUCGUGCUAGAUUGAUGGGUUUUUUUGCUGCGUUCAUCGUCUCAGGUGCGUCUCACGAGCUUCUGCACUUCUACUUUACUCGUGAGACACCUUCAUGGGAGCUCACCGUGUUCUUUACGUUAAACGGAGUUUGCACGGCGGUGGAAAUGGCGGUUAAGAGAACAAAGUUUGGGCUGCGGUGGCAGGUGAGACCGGUGGUCUCUUGGAUGCUCACGAUGGGGUUUUUGGUUUUGACCGGAUUUCUGUUUUUUCCGUUCGUAUAA